AACGGACCGACGACGCACACAGGGAUGCGGCAUGAGAGAAGGAGGGAGUCAAGUAUGUCAGUUGGCUUUGUUUUCCUCCAAGCGGAUAGCGAAGUAGGGCUUAUGGUGGUUGGGCAGGGGGACUUCCGUUAUGAGACUAUCAUCCUCAGGCGAGUGGAGGCACUUGGCACGGCUGUAAGUGACAAUGUCGAAGCUGAGCUCUAGUCUCGUCUCCUUCAGGCUGUCGAAGAGUGUUUCGGUUCUUCCCUGGCAAACCGGUCGAACAGAACAAGACAGCCAGCUUCCUUCGCGCGAGUGCACAGACCUCAUACUUACCGGGUUGUCAAUGAGCAUUCCCAGGAGCUGAUCUGUGAUCUGCUGCAGGAGCUCGUCGCCGUAUUCGGCCAUGUCGGCGUACAUGCUUGCGAUUUGCCUCUUGACCAUGUCCUUGAUAUACGCGAGAGUGAAGGUCCCGGACCCCCCCAUUAUGUCGGCCGCAAUCGCUGUCGCCGCCAUAUAGUAGUCACCCUCAUCGAUCUUCUCACCUGCGCACACACGCGCACAGAGAGACAGUCACACAGACAGAGAGAGAGAGAGAUCCAUUCAAUGCGUCCAUGGCCCGCUCGUUUACUCACCCCAGAAAACGUCGCCACACGGCAGUUCGAAAGGGUCGCUUGCUGCUCCUUUCCCGCACACCGUUCCUCCUGUGACCUCAUACUCGACGUCUGCGUCUUUUGCCUCCUCGUCUACGCCACAGUCUCUGCAGUACUCGCGCGCCGCGGUGCAGGCAGCCUCAAAUUGAAGCUGACCUGUACCGACGCUCGCAGAGAGUUCCACGGCCGUGUUCAAGGCCUCCCGAGGGUUCGAGGGCAUAUCUGGUAUGACCUCAUCCACAACCUCCCCGGCUCGUUCACCUGCUUGCUGCACUGGCUCCGUCCACCCACCGCCGUCAAGGCGCUGCCCUCCAACACUGACUCCCUCGCCCCCGAAUUGCAGCUGGCGAUGCUCCUCGCUAUCUGAAGCACCUCGCAAGCCAGACGGGGCCUGAUGUCAUUGAGAGAGGAGAGGCACACACACGUCAGAAUGCACAGAUGAGAUGAACAACCAUCGCACAAUCGCAUACCGAUGACACAGCCGAUAUGGCCAGGGCGAGAUAGGUCAACACAAUCAGCUUCGACAUGGGAUGGCCGGUCUGAUCAAACUAACACUCGUCAAGCAAAGAUGGAGCCGACGGGAUGGAUGCAGGGCGAGCGGAGGGAUAUGCUGAAAGUGGGCAGGAGACAAGAGAGCCGCUGCUGUCUUCUAUCUCCUCUCUUUCCCUCUCCUCUCCCC